GUUUACGAUGGUUACUAGAGCUCGGUAUUUAAGAGAAAAAAGUUUGCAUUUUUAUGCUGGAAAAAGCUUGUGAAUUUUGUUUUUCUUUAAUAAAAAGUUAAUAAAAUAAAAGAAUCGGUUUUUUCUUUAUGUGUAGGUGCUUUUCAAAAGUUGUUACUUUUGUCACUUUAGGUGCUUUGACCUUCCCUGUCUACUACUUUUAGUACUCUACACCAACUAACCAACGAGGAAAAUUGGGAAUCAUGUCAGAAACGACAUCUGUGAACAUCCCAGAGUUGGAAUCUCCCCCUGUCGAGAGGGUUGAGUUGGAAUCAAUGCUUGUGAUGAAUAUAAUAAAGCAUUGUCGUGAUUCCAUCACAAAUGUAGGCACUAUAGGUCAACUUGUGGGCAUUGACAUCGACGGUGUUUUGCAAGUUAGUAGUAGUUUUGAAUCCCCUUCUGUCCUUGAAAACGAGGAAUCGGCUGUUAAUAAGUCUGUUUCAGGAAGAGCACGUCAAGCUCAUACCGAAGCUACUUUGAAUCGUAUGCAAUACUUGGGUGCUGUUACUGGUCACGUUGGUUGGUACCAAGGAACCUAUGUUGGAGCUUUCCUUAACAGUUCUUUCUUCGUUGAGACCCAAUAUGCUUAUCAAAAGGAGAGCCCUAAUAGCAUUGCUCUCGUUUAUGAUUUAUCACAGUCUUGCAAUGGAUCUUUGAUUCUCCGUGCAUUCCAACUCACUCCUGAGUUUAUGGCUGCAUAUGAAGAAAAGACAUGGACUGUUACUUCUCUAAACAAGCACCAUGUUUCACCCGCUAACAUUGUGCGUGAAUUACCUGUUGCAAUCCACAACUCGCACUUGGCAACUUGUCUUCUUCACUCUCUUAGUGAGCCUUCUAAACCCUCGUCUUUGCUUUCAUCCGAAGCUGCUCUUGACUCAAUGGAGCGCGAAUUGCCUUUGACUGAAACUUUUAGCAAUUUCGAUCUCAACCUUGGAGUUGGUCACAAAAAGAAUCUCGAACAUCUCUUAGAGUCUGUCGAUGAAUACCAUUAUGAGCAAGGUAAUGUUGGUUUCCACCAACGUCAACUUGCCAGAGAGCAGGCCAAGAUUCAGCAAUGGUUAACCAAGAGAAAGGCUGAAAAUGCCAAUCGUGCUGCAGAAAACCGUCCUCUCUUGCCUUUAGACGAAUGGAAGCGCAUCUUUAAGCUUCCUGCUGAACCUCGUCUUCUCGACUCUUUGUUAAUAAGUGCUCAAAUUCGUCAACACUGCUCUCAAGUUGAUGAGCAAAGCUUGUCGUUUGUAUCUAAAUUAUCUGGUGUGCGUAACGCUUAUACUUCUUAGAUGAAUUUAAUAAAAGAACGGUGGCUUUGAUUUUGUGUAGACCUG